CUUCUCUUCUCCACUCAUAUCAUAUCCCACAAGCUUAUCACUCUCUCUCUCUCUCUUCUCUCUCUCUCUCUCUCAUUCUCUUUUAGCUAAAACUGUCUUCUUUUUCUUCCUGUUGGCAAGCCUUUUUCUUUAUUUUUCUUUUUAAAUUGUGAUUUCAAAACCUUUUCUUUGUUGUCAAUUUCUUUCCUAAAAUUAUAUAAACAUAAAAAAGAAAAAAAAAAUUGGUUUAUAGUUUAUUUCUCUUCUCCCUUAAUUUGUGUGUAAGAAAGCUUAAAAACAAAAAAAAAAAACCUUUCCUCUGUUUGAGAUAUAGGAUCUUGGGCUUGUAAUUUAGUAAACUUUUGUUUAAUUCCAUUUAAAAAAAAAAAAAAAAAAAACCAAUUCUCUGUUUGAAAUAUAGGAUUUUGGCUUGUAAUUUAGUAAGGUUUUGUUUAAUUUCAUUCAAAAAAAUAAAAAAGAACACUGAUGUUUUCGGAAAUGAAGGAUUUUGGUUUUUAUUGUUAAAGAAGAAAAAAAAAUUGGUUUUUAUUUUGUUUACAUUGUUAGAAUUAUUUUUUAUUAUUUUUGAAGGAGAGAGAGAUCUAGCCUUUAAUAAUUUGUGUUUGGAUUCUGGGAAGACUUAUUCCUCUACUAACCAUUACAAGACAAUUGUUCUCUUAUAUGUGGUCAAGUCAACGUGAGCAAGUGUGAACCAAUUGAUGAAGUGACCAUAAAUCACAUUGACUUGGGUUUUUUCACUUUAACUCGUGCUUCACUUCAGAAUAUACAAGUUUCAUUACAAUCAUAGGUGGAGUGAAUAAAGUGAGUAUUCAAUCAGUGAUCUUUUGGUGUUUGAUGGAAGACUGAACUACAAAUUUCAACUUAGUUAGUGGUUGGACUUUGACUUGUGCCAUCAAUUUGGCUUGCUUCUGAAGAUAUCAGUUUCACUUCUACCCAUAGGAAAACAAGAAGAUAAAGAAAGAAGCAAACAAGUAUAGGCUAUAAUGUGUGAUCCUGUUUCAUCGAUUUGUGGGGCGGUCGUGGGUGAAUUAAUCAAAGAUCAAAUCUACCGGUGCGUGAGACAUGUGAAUCGACUUUGUCACUGUGCAACUCACAGAAGGAAUGUAAAGCAAUUGAAUGAACAGCUAGAAACAUUGCACAAAUACAGAAAUGAAUUGUCAAAGGAUGUUGAGUCGAAGAAACAAAAACAAGAACAAAUUCAUAAAGAGGUUAUCGAUUGGCUCCACGAAACACAGAAUAAUAUCUUUGAAAAGCGUGAAGAGGCAGAGCAUGCAAGCCAAAACUAUUGUUAUUUCACAUUCCAUCCAAAAGCAACUAUUGAUGAGGACACAUUUCUACAUAUCAAAAAUAAAAUAGAUGGUUUAAUCGAACGUUACGUGAAUUUUAAUGGUCGCAUUUCUUAUCCUUCUCCUUAUUUAGACAAAGAUUACAUGGCCUUUGAGGGAAGAAGAAGAAUUUUGGAAGAUGUGAUGAAUGCACUCAAAGAUCCUUUGUUCGGAUGAUUGGGGUUUGUGUGGAAUGGGUGGCAUCGGCAAAACCACACUUGCAAAAGCAAUAGCUCGACAAGCAAAAGAAGUGAAUCUGUUUGAUAAGGUGAUGGAUAGUGCUGUUUCUCAAACUCCUGAUUUUUCAAAAAUUCAAUGUGAAAUAGCAAAUCAUCUUGGUUUUAAAUUCGACACUGUUGAGACCGAACCCAUAAAAGCAGAUAAGCUUCGCCAAGAGUUAAGUAAACAAGUGAAGGUUUUGAUUAUUCUUGAUGAUAUUUGGAAGGAAAUAAAUCUGUUUAAAAUUGGAAUACACUUUAGCAAUAAUCAAAACGGGUGCAAGAUUUUAUUCACUUCAAGACGUCAAGGUUUAUACGUUUCUACUUCUACAAGUGAGUUUGCUCUCAGUCUUUUGAAAGAGGGUGAAGCAAAGGAGUUAUUUCACAGAGUUGUUGGCGAAACACUUGAUGAAGAACGCGAAGACCUCUCAAAGGAAUUCGUUUCAGAAUGUGGAGGACUUCCGCUUAUUAUUAAUGUAGUUGCAUCUGCAUUAAGAAGAAAACCUGCAUAUACAUGGAGGACUUUCUUAGAAAAAAUGAAAAUAGCAGACCCGGAAAAUGUUGGUGAUGAAGUGAAGUUAGUGUUUCAGCGUAUAAAGCUUAGCUACCAAUUUUUGGAUAGCGAGGAGGCCAAAUCACUACUAUUGCUUUGCACUAUAUUUUCAGAAGAUCAACUCAUAUCUGAUGAUGAUUUGUUAAUGUACAGUGUGGGUUGGCCCUUGUUAAAGCAUGGCAACACAUUGCAGAAUGCAAGAGACAAUCUGCACACCCUAAUAGAUACAUUGAGAGAAAAUUAUCUAUUGUUGCCUAGUGAUGUAAGAAGAAAUCACUUUGGAUAUCACUGGGUCAAAGUUCAUGAUGUAGUUCGUGAUGCUCUCAAAUCAGUUACCUCGGAAAGGAAUUGGUUUCCUCUGUCUAAGUAUGCAAAGAAUGGAGAAUUGCCUAAAGGUGACCUCAAAGAUGUUGCAAUUUCGUUACGUAAUGAUUUUACAGAGAAGCUUCCUGACAAAUUGGCAUGCCCAGAACUUGUUUCAUUCAUUGAUGACUUUAGAGAUGAAAAAUGCCUUAUGGAUAGCUUUUUUGAAGACACAAAAAUACUAAGAGUUCUGAAGUUAACAAAUGUUGAUCUGCACUCACCACCUUCAUCCUUUAGUUGUCUACUUCAGAGUCUCGAAACGCUUUGUCUAAACAAUUGUGACUUAGAAGACACAGCAUUUCUCGGAAGUUUCAAGGAAUUAAAAUGUCUAGAUCUUUCAAAGUCCAGAUUUAAAACAUUGUCAAAACAGGUGGGUCAGCUAACUCAUCUACAAUUGUUAAAUUUAGAUCGUUGUAGAGAUCUCAAAGUGAUUGAACCUGCUGUUAUCUCAAGCUUGAUAAAUUUAGAAGAGUUGAACAUGAGAGAUGUGAAGAUAGCAUGGGAGGUUGAAAAAGUCAGCAGUGAAAGAAGUAAUGUCAAUCUUGCAGAGCUAAAGAAUUUGCCCCGGCUGAACACAUUAUAUUUGGAAAUCCAAAAUGAUACUUGUUUGUCAAAAGAUUUCAUCUCUAGAAACAUGAAGAGGUAUCAAAUAACUGUAGGUGUAUCUGACUUUGACUUUCUUUACGACUUCUUCCAAGAAUAUCCAAGAGCCUUCAUGUUGGAGCUUCACAAUGCUAAUUUGAUAAAAGAAUGUGGUUUUGAUAAGCUUAUGAAAGAAUGCCAAGCAUUGCUGCUGGUAAAAUGUGAAGAUGUCACCAUUGAUAUUUAUGUAUCAAAUGCUGAUGGUUUCCCCGAAUUAGAGGUCUUUGAAUUACAUGAUGCUUCUAAUGUUAGAUACUUGAUGGAGUGCAAUCAUCUCGUUUUUCAAAACUUGAAGAAUUUGAAACUCGCAAGACUGCCAAACCUGCAAAAGAUGUAUGCUGGAGAAUUGGUAGCAGGCUCAUUUAGUAAAUUAAAAGAUGUGAAAGUAAGUGAAUGUCACACACUGAAAAGUCUAUUUCCAAUCUCAACUAUUGCUGGACAGCUUGAAAAAAUGGAAGUAGAGUAUUGUGAUAUGAUGGAGAACAUUGUUUUCCAUAGAAGAGAAAAUGGCAACCACCAGAAGAUUGAGUUUCUCAAACUACAGAAAUUGGUUCUAAAAGAGUUACCAAAAUUAGCUCAAUUCUGUAAGGUUGAGUGGGAGCAAAAUUUUGCUACUUCAUCAUCAUUGGAUUCGUCACCAAGCACCAGUAUAUUCCCAUUUUUUAUGGAAGAGGUGGUAGCAUUUCCUAUUUUGGAGCAAUUAAGUUUGAGUUCACUUGAUUGUGUAGAGAUGAUUUGGCAAGAUCAAGUUCAAGAAGUUUCAUACAUGCAGAAUUUAAAAGAUAUAAAUGUUGAGAGGUGUCACAAGUUAAAGUAUCUUUUUUCUUCUGUUGUGGCAAGAAGUUUGGCUCAACUUAAAACUCUAAAAGUAAAGGAGUGUGAGAAUAUGCAAGAGAUAAUAGUCAUAAAAGAAGCAGGAAAUGAAGAAGGAAGUUCGAUGGAGACUAUUUGUUUCCCUAAACUAGAGAAGGUUAAUCUUUCUUCUCUUUCAAACGUCAAAACUUUCAGUGGUGGAAACCAUUUGGCAAUCGAAUGUCCAUCCUUGAAGAUAUUGGAAAUAGAGAAAUGCCCAAAACUGAAGACAUUCCACAAAAGUUGGAGCAAUGAAAUUGAAGCAGCAGAAGAGCCUUUGUUCAAUGAAAAGGUGGUAUCAUUUCCUAUUUUGGAGGAAUUAAAAUUGUACAAUCUUGAUUCUGUAGAGAUGAUCUGGCCAGAUAAACUUCAAGAUGCAUCUUACAUGCAGAAUUUAAAAGAUUUAACUGUUUAUGAAUGUCAUAAGUUAAAGUAUCUUUUUUCUUCUGCUGCUGUGGCAAGAAGUUUCAUUCAACUUAGAAAACUGGAAGUAUGUUACUGUGAGAAUAUGGAAGAGAUUGUAGUGAUAAAAGAAGGUGGAGAAGAAGAAGGUAGUUCCAAUGACACCAUUUCCUUCCCUAAACUACAGAACAUUCAGCUUUCUCUUCUAGGAAACCUCAAACGUUUCAGUGGAAGAAAGCAUUCUGCAAUGGAAUGUGAAGGAUUAAUGAAGAGAAGUUGUAGGAAUGAAUUUGAAGAAGCUAAAUUACAACCUUUCUUCAAUCAAAAGGUGGUAUCAUUUCCUAUUUUGGAGAAAUUAUACUUGAGAUCACUUGGUUCUGUAGAGAUGAUUUGGCCGAAUCAAUUUCAAGAAGUAUCAUACAUGCAGAAUUUAAAAGAUUUAACUAUUUCUAGAUGUCAUAAGUUAAAGUAUCUGUUUUCUUCUGCUGUGGCAAGAAGUUUCAUUCAACUUAGAGAACUGCAAGUAAGUCACUGUGGGAAUAUGGAAGAGAUUGUAGUGAUUAAAGAAGGUGGAGAAGAAGAAGGUAGUUCCAAUGACACCAUUUCCUUCCCUAAACUACAGCAGAUUGAGCUUAUCUUGCUAGAAAACCUCAAACGUUUCAGUGGAAGAAAGCAUUUGGCAGUGGAAUGUGAAGGAUUAAUGAACACAAGUUGUAAGAAUGAAUUUGAAGAAGCUAAAUUAGAACCUUUGUUCAAUCAAAAGGUAUCAUUUCCUAUGUUGGAGAACUUAAGAUUGAGUUCACUUGAUUCUGUAGAGAUGAUUUGGGCAGAUGAACUUGAAGAAGUAUCUUACAUGCAGAAUUUAAAAGCUUUAGCUAUUUAUAAAUGUGAUAAGUUAAAGUAUGUUUUUCCUUGUGCUAUGGAAAGAAGAUUGGUUCAACUUAGAAAACUGGUGGUAGGGAAUUGUGAUAAUAUGGAAGGGAUUUUAGUGAUAAAAGAAGGAGGAAGUGUGAUGGAGGAGCUUCACCUUAUAAAUCAUCAUCAUCAUCCAAUGGCCUUGGAGAUAUUGCAGAUAUCAUACUGCCCAAAAUUACUAAAGAUGGUGAUGAUGAUGAAGAGUUGGAGGAGUAGAGAAGUCGUAGAGGGUGAAGACCAUACGUUCACUGAAAAUAAGGUUGUGGUCCCUAAUUUAGAAGAAGUGAGUUUGAAGUGGAUGUUCAUGACAUCAUUUAUGUCCUUUCAAAAUUUGAGAGAGAUUCGUAUAUCAGUGCAUGAUGGAAUGAUAAAUUUAAUGAAUUCCUCCACCGCCAGAAGUCUAGUACAACUUCAGAAAAUGACCAUUGAGAAGUGUAAAGAAAUGAGACAAGUAAUUGUGGAUGAGGAGGAAGCUGGUGAGAAUGUGAUGGUCUUCCCCAAAUUAGAGGCUUUAGCACUUCAUCGUUUACCCAAUUUGAAAAGCUUCAACUGCGGAAAUAGUGAGAUACAGUUUCCUAAUUUGAAAAAAGUAUUUGUGAUUGAAUGCCCUCACCUGGAGAAUUUCUCUUCUGGAAAUGUAAUCACUUCUAAGUUGGCUAAAAUAAUUACAAAGUUACGGUAUGAAUACAUUUACGAUGUGAUGUAUGAAGAGGGCAUAGAAGAGGUUUGGAAGGGUGAUCUCAAAACAAGCGUAAGAAUGAUUUGGGAGGAAAACAAACAAGCAUUGGAACGAGCAACCCAUGAACAGUGAAGACUAUGAUUCUUGUUCUACUUCUUCUUCCGAAUAAUUAAGUUGGUUCAAAAUAAAACGGUAUGGGAUUAAAAAGCUAAGGAAUAGGAUGGAGUCGGUAGCUAUUAUGGGGGAUCUUGGACAGUCCGAGUAAUGCAUAAUGUGACAAAUCCGACUUGUACGGUUGCCAAGUCGUUCAUGUCUUUCAACAACACACUAUUUCAGUCUUUUAUUUUCUUUUAAGAACUCAUGUUUUGCUCUUAAAAAAAAAAAAGAACCUUGUGUUUUAGUUACAUUACUUUUCACAAAUUUUAUGUACCGACUUAUUUUGCUUUUUAUUGUUUGGUUGUUUGGGGUCCAAACUUUUACAUUAAAGACAAUUUUAUUUUGGUUUCAA